AUGUCUCCGUCAAAAUCGUCCUUUAAGCGUUCAGCCGACAACCGAUCCAUAUCUCCACCUCCGCCGAAGCGCAAAGCCCAAACUGCCAUCUCGAAAAGUGCCGUAGCCAGCUUCUUCACGCCCGCCUCUCAGAAGCCGAAAGAGCCUACUGUCUGGUCAGAACGAAGUCCCGACGACAACUCUCCUGCCACCUUACUCGUUGCCAAGUACGACAAGACCGAGCCCGACGCCCCGGCCAUCAAAAGGAAGAAGAUCGCUGCCUUUGACCUCGACUCAACCCUUAUAGCAACAGCUUCAGGCAAGAAGCACGCCGGCGACUCUGCAGACUGGAAAUGGUGGCACGAGUCGGUCCCCGCCCGCCUGCGGCAGCUCUACCAAGACGAAGGCUACCAAGUGGUCAUCUUCACCAACCAAGGCGGCCUAGCCCUCCAUCCCGACCCCAAGACUAAAGCCCCCGUCAAGUUCACCAAGAACCGCGUCGCCGGCUUCAAAGCAAAAUGCAAUGCUGUCCUGGGACAGCUCGGGAUACCUGUCACAUUAUACGCCGCGACAGGCAAGGACAUAUUUCGAAAGCCUCGGCCGGGCAUGUGGGAGGAGCUUAAGAAAGAUUACAGCCUCCCAGAGGAGGAGAUAGAUCGGGAGAACAGCAUUUUUGUCGGUGACGCGGGCGGUAGGACAGCAGAGCUCAAAGGGCAGGCCAAGGACUUUAGCUGUUCGGACAGGAACUUGGCGAGUAAUAUCGGGAUCAAGUACCUCACGCCAGAAGAAUACUUUUUGGGGGAGAAGUCAAGGGAGUUUAAGCGGGAUUUCGACCUGGAGCAUUUCCCGUUGCCCGAGGAGGAGGAAGAGACACCAAGAUUUGAGAAGAAGCACGAGAAGGAGAUGGUCCUCUUCGUUGGCCCUCCUGGUGCAGGCAAAAGCACCUUUUUCUGGAAGGAGCUCAAGCCAUUAGGUUACGAGAGGGUUAACCAGGAUUUGCUAAAGAGCAAGGACAAGUGUUUCAAGACUGCUACGGAGUGGCUCAAGGAAGGGGAGUCGGUUGUCAUCGACAACACGAAUGCAGACCCCGAUACACGCGCCCAGUGGGUUGACUUGGCCAAAAAGCACAAGGUACCCAUCCGGUGCGUGUGGUUCAAGACACCCCUCCAUUUGUGCGAGCACAACAGCGCGGUCAGGGCGCUCAACAAGAGUCUGAACCCUGAAGAUCGACAGCUACUCCCGCAGCUUGCGUUCAACGGCUUCAAGUCAAGGUUCAGGGAGCCCAAGGACAAGGAGGGUUUCGACGACAUCACGGAGGUGGAGUUCAAGUUUAAGGGGUCCAAGGAAGAGUACGCCAUCUGGGGCAAGUAUUGGGUGUAA